AUGUACUCAGUCACCUGUCCAACUCUAUCUACUGCAAGGAGCUCUUUAUCAAGAUAUAUGUCAUCUCAUGCUCCUGGGUAUAUUCUCCAAGGCGCCCUUUGGAGCUACCGCAUUCUGAAACCUGUCAAGGGAGAUGACACGCACAUCUCCAAUGUCUAUAAAGCUGAGGUUGUUUUACAUGAGAACGCCCCUAAAGCUUCUCAUGCUCCUCAAGCUCCAAAAUGGGCUCUUAUCAAAGCAGCUUCGCCUAGUGAUGCAACUACAAUACAGAAUAUGGACCGUGAAUGUCAGACUUAUCGCCUUCCUGGUGUUGUCUCAGCGGAGUGCUUCCGGAAACUGUAUGAUGUGAUUGAUGACAGCACCAUUGCUUUGGAAUGGCUGGACACCACUCUUGCAGAGGUGAAAUACCAGCCUAACAGGUGCACCUACUCCCUUAUCAAAACAGUCUUAAAAGCAGCAUUAACCAGUUGUGUUGUUCUGGAGGGCCACCAAUGUGUCAAUACAGACUAUAAACCCGCUAAUAUCCUACUGUCCGGCAUUUAUACUGGCCAUGUUACCGCUAAAGUUGGGGACUUGGGACUCGUAGUUCCCGUCGGUAAUCUUUUCAACGCCCAGCCAUAUGCCAUGCGCGCCCCUGAAGUCUUCCUAGGCCAAGCAUGUACUGAGCCAUCGCAGGUCUGGGCAGUUGCCGCGAUGUUGCUUUGCUGGAUCAAGCCUGAUGUCUUAGGGGUGUGGGACUGCCCUCAUUAUUUGGUUAACGAGGCUUGGUGCAUGGCAAAAAUUAAGCGGCUUUUUCCCGAAUGGAAUAUUCCGACUCCUGAUACGGUUGAGGGCCACUGCCUUAAAGCCGCAGUAGACCUGCAAGCUAUCUUACCUUUCUACGAGGAGACACAAAAGGUGGAGAUUGUGCAGCAGUUAAGGACUCUUCUUCAUUUCAUGUUGGUAGUUGAUCCGGACAAAAGGCCCUCUGCCUCGUCUGUGCUGGCAUCGAGGGAAUUUCAAGCAUUUGAAGAGCUCGUGGGCGUAUAA